GUGAGACUAUGAACUUUAACUCUACUCAUCUCAGAUACAAUUCUUUGGCCUUUGUUAGAUAUGCGUGUGAACAUUGUGAAAGGUCGUACAUGGGUAAAGGAACUGCUCUGUCAGAUGUACGGGAGAGAGCAAGUUUGGGAUCAUCAUCUGCAGACUCUUCAGUUGUUUUCUUACCGCCAGAUUUGAAAGUGCUUGUGGUGGUAACAAUAGGUGAGAAGAACUGGUGGUGAUCUAAUCCUCAAGUAUAGGUUUAUCGUCGAUUUAGUGCCUCGAAAAAAUGACGAAAGAUCGUCCACUCAGUAGUAUAGGGUUCUCGUUUCUUCUUAUCUGUCUCCAAUGCAUUACUACAAUACAAUUAGUCCAAAGCCAAGAGACGAUAAAAACAAAUCUACCUCCAGUUUAUUAUCAAGGUGUUCAAGGUAAACCUGGGGUAGAUUUUCCAAUACUGACAAAAAUUCCAAAAACUUCUUUCAGCUGUAAAGAUAUUGAAACAGGAUACUAUGCAGAUUUAGAAACGAAUUGUCAGGUCUUCCACAUCUGCGAAGAUGGAAAAAAGACAUCAUUUCUAUGCCCCAAUGGAACGAUUUUCCAACAAUCCGACCUGAUAUGUGACUGGUGGUUCAAAGUCAAUUGUACCAGUUCUCCAUUACUCUACGAAGAAAGCUCUGAACAGCUCCAAGAAGAGAUAAUCAAGAAGAAAUCAGCUCGCAGGAUAACAAACAAGGCAAGAUUUAAUUCUGGUAAUCCAAAAAAAGAUGCAACCACGCAAAAUAAGUAUCCAAUAAAUGAUCAACUUUAUGAAGAGAAAAAAAGUAAAGCACAUACCAAACCGACUUGGUCGUCUGAGAAGAACCAGCAGUGGAUAAUCAAAGAAAACAACAAUAAUUUACCUCAAGAGAAGCUCAACUUCAGAACAAUUGAGAAAUUUGUAUCGACAACUACUGAAACCAUCGAAACAACUACGAGAAAAAGAAAUGGUUAUAGAAAACUAAUUCCCGUGAGGAGGAAGAAACCAACAGCGCAACCAAAACAAACAACAGAUCAAUUCGAAACGAGACAUAGUUACACUGCUUCUUCCAAUUUGAGGAAUGGAUAUUCAACAACUGAAGCAAAUGUUAUGAUUGUCACUCCAGAAACUACCUCACCAGCUUCUACUCCCUACAGGAAGAGAUUCCCAUAUAAAAAUUCCUAUAGUUCGACUACUGAGAAAACUACAACCACUUCCACAACUACAACAACUAGAAAACCUGAGAAAGAAUCAUUUGAUCCAGAAAAAUAUGUCAAUAUAUUUGUAGGCACAAGGCAGAAAGUACUCAGAACUAACAAUCAGCGAUUGUCAAACAAUCACAAUUUCCCCAACAAUAAGGUUCAUCCAUGCAAAUCCUGCCAUAAAAAUAAAGCAGAAAAAACGAACGAUGUGAAGACAUCAUACCUCGAUAGCGAUAGCAACAUACUUUCCGAAGACUCGGAAGAAACCCAAGUUCCUCAAGAAACAGCAUCUAUAGUGGAGAACAGCCGAUAUAACAAACUCAACAGACAAAAAUCUAAAAACCCCACCGGGGUUUACGAAAACCACAAAACAGAAUACUCGGAGAUCAAAGAUCCCCAAUUCUAUAACGAAAAAUACUUCAACAACAUAGUUCCAGUGACGUCUCAAUAUGUAACAACACAGGCCUUCAAUACUGGUAAAAUUUUCGUGGGUAGCAGUGUAGGAAGUCCCAUACCUAGAAAUAAAACUACGGCGACAAACUGGAAAACUUUAAGCAUAGAUGACCACAAUAGGAAAACAUUCAAGCUCUCUGCCAUAGCUUUCAACACUGCACAAGCCUUGAAUCCCUUUCAGAACAGCAACAAUGACACCUUUACAGACUUUAAAUCGUCACUUGAUAACAGACAAGUACAAGAAAUUUCAACGGCAGCUCUCAAUACCGCAGAACCCUUCAGUUUGGUUACGAAACCUAUAAACAAUGAAACACCAAUAGAACCCUCAACAGAACCAUACGAUGUUGCAGUUCCAAACGUUGAAACUAAUGUUACAUCCAGAUUCAACCUCAAACAGAAAGAAGAGAACGAUAAAGAUGUGCUGAAAAUAUCUACGAUAUCUUUCAAUACUGCUAAAGCUUACGAGUCCUUAUUCAAGGAAGAAAUUAAACCACAAGCAGGUUCAGUAAGUACUGCUCCACCACUGGUAUCCGAAGUGACUCCAAUAUCUUUCAAUACCGCACAAUCCUAUGAGUCACUAUUUAGGGAAGAAACUAAAACUCCUCUAUCAGGUCCUGAAAGAACGGUUUCUCCAGUUAUACCUAAAGUAACACCAAUAUCAUUUAAUACUGUGCAAGCCUAUAACUCUCUAUUCAAUGAAGAAAUUGAAGCUCCUAAAUCAGAUUUUGAAAGAACGGUUUCUCCAAUUGUGCCUGAAGCAACACCAAUAUCAUUCAAUACUGCCCAAGCCUACAAUUCACUAUUCAAGGAAGAAAAUAAACCUCCUAUAUCAGGUUUUGAAAGAACGGUUUCUCCAAUUGUGACUGAAGCAACACCAGUAUCAUUCAAUACUGCCCAAGCCUACAACUUACUUAUUAAAGAAGAAAAUGAACCUUCUAUAUCAGGUUUUGAAGGAACUGUUUCUCAUCUGACAUCUGAAGCUACACCAUUAUCAUUCAGUACUGUCCAAGCCUACAACUCACUUUUCAAGGAAGACAUUAAACCUGAAACGAUAUCUAGUACAUCUCCACCUUCAACAGAUACUCCAUUCACUUCAAAUCGGCUAGAAACGCCAACUACAACAGAAGAACCAGAAGAUGAUGUUCAGUUACAUAUCAGAUUCAAUGGACCUUCUUCUGAAACUUAUCCAACGGAGACGACAACUGCAAGGGCUCCAUUGAAACCUAGACCUUUCGAGCUUCUUUCCACACAGUCCACAUCCUUAGGUUUCGAUAAUGAAAAAUUGGAAAAACCUGAAGAUUCCUUGCCUUAUCCCUUCUUCAAGAUAUCGAAGGCUAGUCCUUUCUCACUACCAGAAACCUCAACUCAAAACGAGAACGAUUUGAGGUUAACCGAUUCACCUACCACUGAACCAACAGACCUCUACAUCCAACAGGAUGACAUCCAUACUGAAGGAUCACUAGAGUCUUUCAGGCCCGGCUUGGUAGUACCUUCAUCAGUAAGUCCACAAACCUUGCACACACUAGCCACCUACUUUGAAAGUGCUCUAAGCAACAUGACCUCGGAAGAAAGGCAAAGUUUGAACGACCUUGACGAUGAAGGAAUGGAGGAGAAGCUGAAGGAUCUGUUGAGUCACAUGACAAGACAGAAAUACAACCAGUUGUUCACGCAGAUGGGAGAUCAGCCUGAAGAGGUCGUUGAGUUAACAACUGAGAAAGAAGUGGAGGAUGCUGGUGAUGCAGAGGAUCCUCAGAAGGUGAGAAAGUUGGCAAAGUUGUUCUCUCAGGCUCUAUCUGAGUACCUGCACGAUCCUGCCAACUUUAAGAACAGGCUGAUUCAAGUUAGACCAACGGAGCCUCCAAAUCAUGGUAGUGUGACCAAUACUGAAAAAGAGCUGUUAAGUUUCUCGGAAGAUGAUUCCAAGAACACCCUAGCUUCAUUGUAUAACUCCACUUGGAGCUACAAGGCUUUAAAUAAAUCUGUAAAUAUAGAAGGUGACAACAACUACUUAGGAUCAGAUGGUGAAGGUCUUUCUUCGGCUGACAGUCAAUCUUUUGUUUCGCAGUUCAACAGUUUGAACUACGAAGAUAGGAAGAAGGUGGGAGGAGACAAUUUACCCAAGAACCAUUGGACGUCUUCUCCACACGCAACUAAUCUCUGGCGUACAACCUUUGCAGUGGAUCCGUUCUCCUUGAACAAAGAUUUCCAGGUAACGGAGGCUUAUACAACAGUAGCACAAACUCCAGAGACUGAAAACUACUCCGACAUCGAGCCAUUGUCUUCAGAAGAUGAGGAAGAGAUUAAAUAUGAGCUGCGGGUGUUCCCCAAACUAUCUUCCAAUUCCUCCAAGCUCCAAGGCAUCCUGAUAGAUUUCAUGAAUGCUAGUACUACCUCGGAGGCUGACAGAUUACACCGGAUAUUGAGGAAGUUGAACACAACUGAAGAUGAGUUCUUGAAUAGGAUGAAGAAGAUCGAGGAGAAUCCGUUGACGAAAAGGCUGAUACUUCUUUUGAUUCACGAGUGUGAGGGAACUAAAAACGCGAAGGAAGAGUUGAUACCUUUUUUGAACCAGGAGAAAGAGGAUGUCCAGAGCUCGGAGACUGGUAGUAGGAAGGAUCAGGAGGAUGUAGGAGAUAAAGACCAAGAUGCUCGAGCUCUACAAUUGCUAAAUUCGUUGUAUAAUAUUGCAACAAAGUUCGGUAGAUGAUAAUAAAUAAUAGCAUAUACUCUUGAAAAAAUUUGAAGGGAUUAAACUUUUUCUUAUCCCUAAUAACAGAUUCGGAUGUUAUCUUUCUGUAGAUGCAGUUUAUUACAGGUUGCAGCAGAAACGUGGGAUGGUUUAUAAAAAACAACGACUCGUGAACUUCAGGGAAUAUAAGUUUAUGUAUAUGAAGUUACCGUCCUUUUUUUAAAUAAGAAUCUACCACUAAAUUUGUUCGACACUAAUAGAGUCAAUUGUCAAAUAAUCCUUGCAAAUAAAAGUCUUUUCGGAAAGGAAAAAUAGUAAUAAUCAACCCCAAAGAUUGUACCAAAUCUGUUAUUAUUUUCUCUGCGAUAAUCAAAUGCAGAGCAAGUUUUCUUACCUUUCGUGAUUUUAUCUGAUUUUUGUGAUUUCAUAACAUUUCAUUCUUGUCAUUGUGAAGAAAAUUGAACAGGGCUAUGUGAACAGAAUUUUGUAUAUAUUUUUCAUUACGUUUAGUUUAAGGUUAUUAUAACACUUGUAUUUAUUAUGUUGUUUCGAUAUGUAAAUGUGUAAAUGGCAGAUAUAAUAUGUAAAAUAUUUUUAUGUACAUUAAGUUCGGAAUGAAUAUUUCAAUAAAUGAUAAAUAAGUUACCAAUUUA